AUGUCGAACAUUACGUCUUUGCACAAUCACCGCAGUCCUUACUAUCCCCAGGAUCUCCGUCUGCCGCAUUAUGUUCCCAACACCCUCACCACGCCAGAGCUCAUCUCUAGAUUUGCGGCUUAUUGCGUAAUGAUCGUGAUCGGAACUAUAAUUCUCCUAGGAGCAGUAGCGAGGAAGAGACUUACGACCUAUGAGAAGAUUGUGGCUACCUGGUUUAUGUUGUGUGGGUUUAUACACCUGUUCUUCGAAGGCUAUUUUGGCUACACGGCCUCCAGAAUCGCCGGAAACACCCACCUCUUUGCCCAGCUCUGGAAGGAGUAUGCCCUUUCCGACUCACGUUACAUGUCCUACGAUGCCUUCACAGUCGCCAUGGAGCGCGUCACCGCUAUAUUCUGGGGCCCGCUCUCUUUCUACCUCGUGUACGCCAUUGCGGUAUCCCACCCGGCGCGAUACCCACUCCAGAUCGUCGUAUCACUCGGCCAGCUCUACGGCGACGUGCUGUACUAUGCAACAGCGUCCAUCGAGAUGUAUGGCACCGUUCGACCUGAGAAGUACUAUUUUUGGGCGUAUUUCUUUUUCGCGAAUUUCUUCUGGAUUGUGAUUCCUAGUGCUCUGUUAGUCCAGGGGUUUUUGGAGACGAUGAAUGUUUUUGCGAAGGAGGGUGAAAAGACGAAGAGGAAGUGA